AUGUCAACACCCCAGACACUCACCCAGACGCUGCCGCCCCAUCAGUAUCUGGGACAGCAGCGGUAUCUGCCCUCGCCUCAGGACCGCUACCUGCCUCCGCCUCGUCCCAGCAGCAACCUGAGCAACGGCUAUCACCACAACAUCCCCACUCGCCCUUCGAGCAAUCUCUCGAACCGGCAGCUACCUCCCCCGCCGAGGCCUGAGAGCGGCAUGAGCAAUAAUCACUACUCCCACCACGCACACAGCCAAUCACGCGGAGGUGAAUAUUCGGCCUACGCGAACGGCUUCAGCCAGCACCAACAACACCAGCAAGAAGACACAAGACGCACGGACAGCAGGCCAAACUACCCGCCACAACCGCAGCAGAGGCAACUUCCUCCACUGCAACAACAACCACCACCACCUCAGACCGCUUCGAUAUCACGUGCCUCUGGUGCGGGUGCCGUCGAUAUCCCUCCCACACACUCCAACCGAAGCGUACAUACGGACAGUAUGGAGAGAGGGCGCAAGCGGAGGAAUAAGUCUCCAGUGGAUUGGUUUCAGUACUUUGGCGGAAAGCCUCCAGCGGAGAUUAUCGAGAUCCAUGACGAUGAUAGCCCGGCUCCACCUGCAACUGUCCAAAAGAUCAAUCCGCCUACUGGCAAUGUCUCGGGUGCCGACCACCAGCAUGCCGAUAAGAGACGCCGCGUGAAUGGGCACAGUGGUGAGAUGCCGACCUACGGCACCACCAACACCCCCUACUCAUACUCCAAUGGCACAUCUACCGAGAGUCUCCAAGCGACAACAGCCCCAACCUCUCUUGGCUCCACAGCGAGCUCUGGUAGCCGACUGGACAAUAGCCAAACUGGUCAGAAGCGCAAACGCACCACGAGAACGUCUGAUGCAGAGCGUAAGAAGCAAGAGACCGAGCGCUCGGGACCACGAGGCUACCUGGCGGAAUAUGGGCAGUACGUGCCGCCCAAACAGGUCAAGAAGAUGAAGGACGUCACGGUUCCACAGAUUCACGACGUAAGUAUCUGCAUCGAUAGCCUAUCGCAGCAGCAGCAGCAGACUGACUCUUUGUCCAGCGUCAGAAGCCUACCGAGAAGAUUGACGACGAAGACGGGCAUUAUAUUGUCCACGAGAACAGCCGUCUUGGAGAGCGCUACAACCUCCUCUCACUUCUCGGGCAGGGCACGUUUGGCAAAGUGGUGCGGGCGGUUGACAUCCGCACUCGCAAGGAGGUUGCCGUGAAGAUCAUCCGGGCCGUUCCAAAGGUACAUUUCCAUGGAUUCGGACCACUCCCCUUCGAAUUCCCUUUCUAAUAUGUACCAGUACCGCGAUGCUAGUCGUAUCGAGCUUCGAGUCCUUCAAACCCUCCGCGCGGCCGAUGAACACAAUCACAACCGAUGCAUUCAACUCCGCGACUGCUUCGACUGGCGAGGCCACAUUUGCAUUGUGACACCAUUGCUUGGACUCUCUGUCUUCGACUUCUUGAAGAGCGGCGGCUUCGUCCCUUUUCCAGGAUCCCACAUCCAGGCGUUUGCACGACAACUUCUUGGAUCGAUCGCGUUCCUGCACGACUUGGACCUUAUCCACACCGACUUGAAGCCUGAGAACAUACUACUGCUCAGCCACACUUACCAGACCUUCACCUACAACAGGAACAUUCCGUCAUCAAGCACAUUGACUUCGCGAUCUGCCAAGUUCAGACGAGUGCUGCUCAGUCCGCAGAUAAACCUCAUCGACUUCGGAAGCGCCACCUUCAACGACGAAUACCACAGCUCGGUAGUCAGCACCAGACACUACCGGGCUCCGGAGAUUAUAUUAGGCAUCGGUAAGUCUACAACAUCCGCGUGCGCCGGGUGCGCCGCGUGUACUAACACGAAUGGCCCACUGACUUGUAUCCGCAGGCUGGUCGCAUCCGAUUGACCUCUGGUCUUUGGGCUGCAUUCUGGUGGAGUGCUGGACUGGAGACGCGCUUUUCCAGACGCAUGACUGCUGCGAGCACUUGGGAAUGAUGGAGGUCAGUAGCUCGGAAAUGUCUUGCUAGGAGUAACUACUGACUUUGCGUGCUUCAGGCCGUGACUGGCAACAGCAUCGAUCGUCACCUGAUCCGCGAGGUCAACAGAACUUCCAGGAAAAACGACAAGAACUCGGCCGCACGCUUCUUCAAGAAUGGUCAGCUCCAAUAUCCCAUGCCUGACACUCCUCGCCAAUCUAGGAAGUUCGUGAGGGGCAUGAAGCGCCUGGACGAUAUCAUUCCGCAAACGACGAACUUCAACCGAUUGUUCCUCGACCUCCUACGGAAGAUCUUUGUGUACGAUCCCAAGAAGCGUAUAACUGCUCGGCAGGCACUCGAGCACCCUUGGUUCGAUGAGCUGGUUGAGGAUGAUGGCACGGAAGCAGCUCGUAUCCGGGUUGAGCGUGAGAGGCUGAGCGCAGAACAAGGCGGGCGCUCUCGGUAG